AUGUUGAACCUUCAGCAGCUGUUUCAAUCGGCUUCUGCAAAAGCGCAGCAGCAGCAGCAGGCUGAGCAGCAGCAGCAAGAUGAGAGCGCAGGUGCACAGGGACAAGGACAGCAACAGGGACAGCCGCAGGGACAAGUGCCGCAGGGGCAUGAGCAACAGCCGCCCCCGCAACAGGAUGGAGCGUUAGGACAGCCGCCCCUUCCACAUCAUCAUCAGCAGCAGCAGCAUCAACAGCAACAGCAGGAGCAGCAGCAGCUGCUGCAGCAGCUGCAGCAGCAUCAACAGUAUCAGCAGCAGCAGCAGCAGCAGUAUCAUCAGCAGCAGCAGCAGCAGUAUCAUCAGCAGCAGUAUCAGCAGCAGCAGCAGCAGCCGCCGCAGCCACAGGCGCAACAGUCGCCGCAGCACCCGUCGAAUCCGAUAUUGACGCUACUGCAACAAUCUGCCGCUGCCUCCAACCAAGGCGGCCAUACUCCCAGUCCCCCUCCCCCCAUGCCUCCCCCUCCCGGCAUACCCUCCUCCCCCCCUCCCCCCGGGUACGGUCAGUGGAUGGGUCCCCCCCCAUCCCAUGUGCAUCCCCACUCCCUGCCUCAUCCAAUGCACCCCGGCGCACCCAUGCCAUACCCGUUACAAGGCAUGCACGGUCCCACAUCAGGGCCGUCUCCUCCGCCGCCUCCUCUUCCCGGCAUGCUGAAUCAGCACGGCCAUCCCGUGAUGCAUGUGGGCCCUGGCCCGUCCGGAGUCCCCCCGCAUAUGCUGCACAUGCAUGCGCCGCAAUACCAGUACCCGCCCUCGUCCCCGCCCAUGCACAUGCCCGCGCCUCCUCCGCCGGUUGCGCCGGCUCCCUUGCCCCCUAGCGCUGCUCCCGCCCCCGCGUUCCACGGCGCGCAUCUCAUGUCGUUGCUCACCGCGAGUGCAUCUCCCCCGCCUCCGGGUGCGCAGCCUCCGCCGCCGCCCGCGCAGGCCCAUCCGCCUCCCUCUUCCGCCUCCCCCGCUGCGCCAGCGGCCGCGGAGAACGCCUCCGCCCCAGUAGAAGCGCCCGGUUCUUCUUCCAGUGCGCCUGCUCCUCCGGAAGCCGCUGCGCCUCCUCCUCUCCCCUCUGCCCCCUCCGCGCCACCCCCAUCCUCCCUUCCACCUGUGCUCGGCGCUCUUUUCGGCGCAACAGGAGCAACCGCCCCUCAAACUCCCCCCAGGGAGCCCGCUGCCCCAUCCGCUCCCCCUCCCCCUUCCGCCACCCCCCAAGCUGCCGCUUCCGCGCAUGCUUCCGCGACUCCCCCUUCCGCUCCCCCGCUCCCUGCGGCCGCGGAACAUUCUGAGCCGUCCCGCAGCGCCCUUCCGCUCCAGCUGCGCAGAUCCAAGCGCGGAGUGGGGAAGAUCUUACCUGGAAACGCGGAGGUGGUUACCUACAGGGUGGAUAAGCGUGAUCCGUUAGAAGCAGGUCCGCCGCAGCUGGAGGUGUCGCCUAUAACGGUUUACGGGUCAGAGGAGGUGCUAGCGCCGGGCAGGCAGAUUGCAGUGAACAGGCGGUAUAUCAGCUACGCGCUCCGGAACGCGAGCAUCCGUGUUCUCAAUAUUAACACGGCUUUACGCGCGCUCUUUAAGGGGCACAAGAAGCGCAUCACGGACAUGGUGUUCUUUGCAGAGGACGAGCAGCUCUUGGCCAGUGCGAGUGCGGACGGGCUGGUGGUGGUGCGGCGGGUGGAGGAGGGGCCGGGCAGCGACGGCAAGGCGGCUAUUGGCGAGCGUGUUCUGGCAGUGCUGCAGCUCAAGGGCGCGUGGGGGGACACUGCUGCGCCGCAGCUAGCCUGGCACCCCCGGCAGAAGGACAUCCUCAUAGUCGCGUGUGACCGCUUCGUCCUCUUUGUCUCCAUCGCUGCAGCAGCCGCAGCAGCGCCCACCAAACCGCCCUCGCUCUCGGAUCCCUUUCUCAUCGACCUCACAAACGAACCACCACCUUCAGCAGCUCCAGAAGCAGGAGGAGCAGCGGGAGGGGCAGCUGAGGCGCGUGCGAUAGUGGAGGGGGUGAUUCUCCUCAAGGGCCACUCCGCGCCUGUGUCCUCGCUGCUUCCGCAGCCCUCUGCGUGCACGCUACUGCCCACCCCGUCGCUAGACGGCACGGUGCGAGUGUGGAGGAGCACGGAGUGUGUGUCUGUCAUUACUCCGCACGCUGCCAGCCCUGUCUUCUCCGCCCUCUUCCUGCUGCCCCCCUCGGCCCCCUCAAACCACGCGCUCCUGCUCACGGGGGGACCUAACAACAGCGAGCUCAAGCUAUGGGCAUCCACGUCCACCUCUGCCUCCUCUGCUGCUUCACCGCUCAUAUCAGCGUCUACCAGCAGUGUGCAGCAGGGCAACUGGCGCUGCAUUCACACGCUGCAGCUUCUAUCCGACGCUCCUCCUCUCAAACCCACCGCUGCAAGAACCAGCGGCAGCAGCAGUGGCACCAGCAGCGACGGCAGCAGCGUGGGUGUGAGCGGCAGCAGCGGGGUGUUUUGCCAACUGCAGGUGGUGCAAUCCAUGGGUCUGGUCCUACUCACAGACGCACUCCAAAAGGCCAUUUACGCUGUCUCUGUCCGCUUCGACCCGGCCUCCCCGUCCCUCUCCCGCUUCCAAUCCAUUGCUCACUUUUCCGUCACCAUGCCUAUUCUUAGCUUUACUGCCUAUUUGGCGGCUCCUAAUGGAGAAGGGGCCAAGGAGGGCGCGCAGGGGGAAGGCGCAGGUGGGGGUGCAGGGGCAGGGGGAGAGGGGAAGCAGGCAGGGGAUGGGGGGAGAGGGGAGUCUGGAGGGGGAGGGGGUGCGGAUGGUGGUGGUGGUGGUGAGGGAGGAGGAGGAGGAGGUGGAGGAGGAGGAGGAGGAGGUGAGGGUGGGGGUGGGAAGGGUGGUGGCUGGGAUGGUAGUGAUGGGUCGGGUGAGUCGGAGUUGGUGCAGCUGUUUUGUAUGCAGAUCCAGGCCAUACAGCAGUACUCUCUCCCUGUCGACAUGUGCCUACCUCCCUCCUCUGAAGACGAAACGCCUGCCAUCACAGCAGCAGAGACGAACACACCACAGGCAGAGGCACCUCCAGCAGCAGCAGAACCAGCAGCAGCAGCAGCAGCAGCGCCGGCAGCAGCAGGAUCAGCGGCAGCAGAAGCAGCAGGUGGAGAAGGGACAGUAGCAGAAAAGGCAGUGGUUUCAGGCCCGGUAGACCUGUUGGGUGGAGACACAGUCAUGGGUGAGAACACGGAGGGCAACUACGCAGGGCCUGGGGCAGCUGCGGAAGCAGAAGCAGACGCAACAGCUGCGGUGGCAGGUGGAGGAGGAGGAGGGGGAGGGACAGAUGGGCGUCCACACCUGGUGACGCCCCAGGAACUGCUCGCCAUGGUUAUGGGCAUGAGCGGUCCCACUCCUGCUGCUACUGCUGCCCCCCCUGCCACUGCCACUGCCACCGCCCCUGCUGCUCCCUCUGCUGCUCCCCUGGCCGGGGCUCCAGAAACAGCCAAAGCAGGUGCUGCAGUGGUGGCGCCUGGUGCUCUCCCUGCUGAUGGUGCUCCCGCUGCUGAUGGCGUUCCCCCUCCUGCUGAUGGGAUACAGGCUGAGGCUGCUGAGGAGAAGGGAGCGGAGGAAUCGGUUGCACCGAAAGGAGUGGGGGGUAGUGGAGGAGGGGGAGAGAUCAACAAGGGUCCCAUCUCCAGCGUGCAUGUGCAUGGCCCGGCGCAUGGCCCUGUCCAUGCCGCUGGCCACGGCUCCCACAAGAAUCGCAAGAACAAGCACAAGACUGCCGCCGCUGCUGCCGCUGCUGCUGGUGGUAACGCAGCUACGGCACCGGUAGCAGGAAAUGCUGGGUCUGGUGCUGCUGGUGCUGCUGGUGCUGCUGCUGCUGGUGGUGGUGGCGUGGGUGGUGCUGUGAGCGUGCCAGCUAGCGGAGCAGAUGAGACCCACCCUCACGGUCACACUCAGCCCCCGGGUCCGUGUGCCCUUCCCUGCAUCCCCUCGGUCACACACACGGGUUGCUCACUUCCUUUCUCUUGCUUUCCCUCACUCCACUUCCUCUCCUGUUUCUUCCCCAAUCUCCUUCUCCCUUCUCCCCUCCCGAUUCACCACAUCUCCCCUCUCCCCCCCUCCCCCCUCCUCUCCCUCCUCUCCCUCCUCUCCCUGCUCCCGUCCAAUCCCCCCAUUUUCCCCCCCGUCUCCUCCCCCCACCAGCUCCUGCAGCAGCAGCGGGAGGCAGCAAAGCACGUCCCAGCGCCUCUCCUAAAAGAAACCAAGCGCCUCGAAGCGGCCCUCUCCCAGCGCGUAGACCGCGCCACCAAGACCCACGCCGACGCAUGCCAGUCCAAAAUCCAAGAAGACCUAGCAAAGGAAUCCGCCAAGCGUGACAAGGCCGAGAAGGCGGCGCAGGGGCAGGUGGUGACGGCGGUGGCGGCGGCGGUGGUGAGUGGGAACGCGCAGCAGGUGGUGCCGGCAGUGGAGGGAGCGGUGGCGCGGGAGGUGGUGGGGGCUGUGCGUAGCGCCGUGCUCCCUGCUCUCGACUCGGCCGUCUCGGCUCAGAUUAAGCUUCUUGGUCAGAGCCUCACGGAGGAUGUGCGUGCGCACACCACUGCUCUCAUCCCACCAGCCGUCGCUUCGUCCCUGCAGGCGUCCCUAUCCGACGCGGUGCAGCGGGCGUUCACAGAGGCAGCAGUGCCGGCAAUGGAGCGCGCCGUGCGGGAGAUGCUCUCGCAGCUCGACCGCUCCCUCCGCUCUGGCCUCGCAGCCCAGCAGGCCGCACAGCAGGCGGCCGUGCAAGCUGCAGUGCAGGCAGCGGUGCAGGGAGCGGUUGAGGGGCAGAUUCAGCAGCAGCUGGCGGCGCUGCAGCAGCAGCAGGUGGUGAAGAUGCAGCAGGAGAUGCAGGGCGUGACUGCUGCUGCCAACGCCUCCAUCCAGGAAUCCGUUGCAUCGCUCAACACUGUCUCCUCAACUCUGCAGCAGCACCUGCAGGCUCUCACUGCCCUGCCUGCUGCUGCCGCUGCUCCCACAGCUGCAUCCCCGGCAGCAGCAGCAGCAGCAGGAGUAGCAGCCGCAGGGGCAGCAGGAGGCAAGGAUGCCUCUAGUGCUGCCGCUGAUGCUGCACAGGGGAAUGGGCUGGCUGGGAAGGCGGUGCCAUUGGAGCAGCUGGAAGCAGCGCUGGACCCCACCAGGGAGAUCUCGCGUCUGCUGGCAGACGGCAGCUACGAGGCUGCCUUCACCCGCGCCCUCUCCCUCUCAGACGUCGCCAUUGUCACCUGGCUCUGCUCCCAGGUGAAACCGGAGGCAGUCUUCUCCGCCUCCCCACCCCUCAGCCAGGGCGUGCUCCUUUCCCUCGUGCAGCAGCUGAGCGUGGACCUGCAAGCCGACACGGCUACCAAAGUCCCCUGGCUCAUCAAGUCCCUCAUGACUCUCCAGCCGCGCCACCCCCAGCUGGGCGUGCAUAUGCGCCCUAUUCUCGAGCAGCUGUACCAUGCUGUGCACCGCGUGCUGGCUUCUGCUGCUGCUAAGCCGGAGGGGGAUGGGGGCGAUGGGGGUGCGGCGGGAGCGGGAGCGGGUGCGGGGCGGCUGAGUGAGAGUGUGGUGCGGGAGCUGCAGCUGCUGCUGCAUGUGGCCACGUCUUGGAACGACUCUCCCGUUCGUCCCUCCUCCCCGGCGCAUUACCAUUGCAACCGUCUCCGUUCCUUCUCGCUUCGCCGCCCCGUCCGCCUUCUCUUCCGCCUUCUCUUCCGCCUUCCCUUCCGCCUUCCCUUCCGCCUUCCCUUCCGCCUUCCCCUUCCGCCCUCCCGCCCGCCCUCCCUCGCGCAAGCUCGGCCCUUCUCCUCUUCCGCCACUUCCGCCCGCGGACCCGCGCGCGCCCUCUACAUCGUGCAUCUCCGCUCCGCCCCCCCCAUCGUCUCCUACCGCGGCGGCAUCCCCGGCUUUCCCCCCAUCGCUCCUCCGCAACCCCCCGACUCUGGUUCGGAGACGGGUGAUGAGGAGGGGGGUGACACGGGCGGGGACCCAUCAGGGAAUGCAGGCGGAGCAGGGGGAGCAGGGGGGCCAGUCGGAGCAGGGGGGGCAGUCGGAGCAGGGGGGGCAGUCGGAGCAGGGGGGGCAGUCGGAGCAGCGAGAGCUGCAGGAGCGGGAAGCGCUCACAGAGUUACCGCGAGUGCGAAUGGGGGGAAGCGGCGGCAGUGGCGGGUGAACCCGCGGCUUCCGCACGUGCGCGCGUUCAAGCGCAUGCUGCAGCGGCAGCAGCGCCUGGUGGCCGCUCAUGUCGGCCUCCGCGCCGAGCAGCUGGUGUAUAGUUACGCGUUCGCAGGCAACUCGUUCGCAGCGCUGCUGUCCCCGCAGCAGGUGUGGCGCCUCGCGCGCCAUCCAGCGGUGGCGGCGGUGCGGGGCAGCGCGGAGGUGCGCGCGCUCACCACCGCCACGCCCGCCUUUCUCCAGCUCCCGCAGUCGCUCUGGGCUGCAGCGGGCGGGGAAGGCAGCGCGGGGGAGGGUGUGGUGGUGGGGGUGGUGGACACGGGCAUCUGGCCCGAGCACCGCUCCUUUGCCAAUGAUUCAUCCGUGCCCUACGGCCCCCCACCCGCGUCCUUCAAGGGGGCCUGCCCCACCUCCUCCGACUUCCCCGCCUCUGCCUGCUCCGGCAAGCUUGUGGGCGGCGGCAGCUUCCGGGCGGCAGUGGAGGCGAGCGGCACGAGGAUCGACUGGACGCGCGAGUACGCUUCGCCCAGAGAUGCUGUGGGGCACGGCACGUGGUGCGCGGGAGCGGCAGCAGGCAACAGCAACACGGCAGCACAGGUCUCCAACACACAGUCCCUCGGGAAGGCAAGCGGCAUGGCACCGCGGGCGCGCAUAGCCAUGUACAAGGUGCUCUGGCAGGUGGCGGGGGGGUACGGCUCGGGCAACUACGCAGACCUGUUUGCAGCCGUGGAUCAGGCCGUAUCCGACGGUGUGGAUGUGCUGAGCCUGUCCCUGGGCGGGUACAACCCCUCGGCCACAUAUUUCGAUGACCUGCCAUUCUUGCGCGCCUUUGAGGUGAGACUUGGAGGUGGCGGUGGGGUGAAGGGCUUUUGA